AUGUGGAGGGUUAUGUUCUCGGCGUUAAUCUGUUUCAAGUGCGAAUCGCCAAAGUAUUCGGCUACGACAUUCUCAACUACUGAUGGCUUUUUUCACUUCCACACCACUUUCAUCGCCGAGUUCACGUUACAAUGCAGCAACAACAUCAAGGAUUCCCCCUUCUUUGCCGUUAUCAAUGGUAACAUUUACAACGUAGCUGUUUCCAUUGAGACUGCCAAAUAUCAGGGUCUCACACGAAAGCCCUUCAUCUCUUCCGAAACAGUCGCCCUUAUCGUUUGCGUGGCUGCUCUUUAUUAUGCCGUUAAGCAAAAAUCGGAAAUUACUCAUUAG